AUGGACCAAUACGAGAUAAUAAGGCAGGCUGUACAUACCGUACGCCCCAGAAAGUCAGGCCUAGCAGAGGCCGAUAAGCAUAAGCUUGUAAUGAUGACGAUAGAGUUGCGUGCCGCUCCCUCACGUGUGGCACGUGAUGGAAGGGGACUCGACUGUCGAGACGUAGAGAUCGAUGGAAAGUCCAUCAAAGACGAAGACUCGUCGAAGAUGGCGCUGUCUCGCUGGAAAGUCGACAAGGAGAAGACGCGGGGGUAG